AUGGGAUCGCCGUUGAAGAAGCAGUUCAACUACAGUUCGUCGGACCUGCCUUGUGCCGGGUGUCAGGAGUUCUUUGUGGAGACCGACGCCGUCGUGCCCUGGGGCUCCAAGGAGAAGCGAUGGCAUCACCAAUGCUUCGUGUGCAAGGGCUGCUCGGCCAAGUUCGAGCUGAAGGAGGACAAGUGGAUGCACCCGUCGGGCAUCGCUGAGUCGGCGGCUGGUUUUCCGCACUGCGGCGACUGCUAUCACCGCCUGCUCUCGGUCAGCUGCGACCGAUGCAAGCAGCCCAUCGCCGGAGCGUACGUGGACCUGUUCGGGCGCAAGUUUCACGAGGAGUGCUUCUGCUGCGACGGAUGCGGAGAGAGAUUGACGAGCGGCUUCGUCAAGCGCCCGGCGGACAAGAAGGCGCUCUGCAGGAAAUGCGUAGGCAAGCAGGCGGCGGGUGGGUUCGUGAUCGAUCCGCGCACCGGACAGAAGAAGUUCGCCACCUGA